AUUUGAUAUAUUUCAGGAUUUAUUUAAAAUUGCGAUUGUGUUCGGCACGCUUAAGGGAAACAUGAAGCAAAUGCCGUUGCAACGAUUCGUCUCCGCUUUCAACAAGGUCCACUCAUCGGGAAGAAGUGUUUACCAUGUCGUUGGUAGGAACUAUUCAAGUGGGACUGAAGCCGACCUGGUCGUGAUUGGCUCUGGGCCUGGAGGCUAUGUCGCCGCUAUCAAGGCAGCGCAGCUAGGAAUGAAGACUGUUUGCAUAGAGAAGAAUGAUACCUUGGGAGGCACUUGCCUUAACGUCGGAUGCAUCCCGUCGAAAGCCCUGCUUCAUAAUUCCCACUUGUAUCAUCAGGCUCAUUCCAAGGACUUCGAAAUGCGAGGGAUUGACGUGCAAAAUGUGAAGCUGAAUCUUCCCAAAAUGAUGGAGCAGAAAUCUGGUGCAGUAAAAGCGUUAACAAGCGGAAUUGCCUACCUUUUCAAGAACAACAAGGUGACUCACAUCAAGGGUCAUGGAAAGAUCACUGGAGCAAACGAGGUCACUGCUAUCAAGGCUGACGGUUCCUCAGAAGUCGUGAAGGCGAAAAACAUCCUCAUUGCCACGGGCUCUGAAGUUACACCAUUUGCUGGAAUUGAGGUCAACGAAGAAAACAUUGUUUCAAGCACAGGAGCUCUGUCACUGAAGAAAGUACCGGAAAAGAUGGUUGUGAUUGGUGCUGGUGUCAUCGGCUUGGAACUGGGUUCGGUUUGGUGUCGACUCGGUGCCAAGGUGACGAUGGUGGAGUUCAUGAGCAGCAUUGGAGGCGUGGGUAUCGAUAUGGAGGUUGCCAAGGGUUUUCAGCGUAUUGCCCAAAAGCAAGGUUUGGAGUUCAAAAUGGAUACGAAAGUUACCGGUGCAUCUGGGUCUGGUGCCAACCUCACGGUUCACACCGAAUCAGUGAAGGAUCCCUCAAAGAAGGAAGAUCUGAACUGCGAUACGUUAUUGGUUUGCAUUGGUCGACGGCCGUAUACCACGAACCUGGGAUUGGAAGACAUCGGGAUCGAACGUGACAAUAAGGGACGAAUUCCUGUCAACUCGCGCUUUCAGACAGUUAUCCCAAGCGUUUACGCAAUUGGGGAUUGCAUUCACGGUCCGAUGCUGGCCCACAAGGCUGAAGACGAAGGGAUUGUAUGCGUGGAAGGCCUUACGGGUGCACCUGUGCACAUUGACUAUAACUGCAUCCCUUCUGUUAUCUACACGCAUCCUGAGGUCGCCUGGGUUGGCAAGACUGAGGAGAAUCUCAAGGAAGAGGGCGUCGAAUAUAACAUUGGAAAGUUCCCAUUUUCGGCCAACAGCCGAGCUAAGACGAAUUUGGACGCUGAGGGUUUCGUGAAAAUUCUAGGAUUUGUCGCGUUAUUUCAUUUCAAUCCUGUCGCGCGUGAGAUGUCGUGGAGGGCGGACCUAGUGGGCCUUGCGCAGGGCCUGCAGAAGUUGGGCGCCGCUGUGCGUCAACAAAAGGCGUCCGAUUGUCAACGAUUAUGGGCCAACUCCAGCGUUCGCGAUGCGUGUCGAUUGGGCGCCACUGGCCAGUCGCUCACCGACGCCCUACAGUCUCCAUCCUCGGUCGCCCUUGGUGGUGCUGAGCAAGUAGCAGAAGCAGUGCGGAGAUCUGCUGUCGUGGUUGAAGGUGUUCGCCAGUUCGUCGCGGUAGCAAUCCGACACAGACAAGGUUUUCCGUCGUCGACCGGAUCUACAGUAGCCGAAGAAUCCUCCGAAGAUCUUCCACGCGAAGAACCGGAGGAUAAUGCGCUACAAACCAACAGGACGUCUUCGUUGGUCAUGAAAGACUAUUCACCACCUCCUGCACCACCUCAUGCGCCAUCGGCAGCAGAAUUAGAAGCGAUUUCUGCCCGAGAAGCAGCAGAAGCGGCGCAAGAGAAGCUAAAGGAGGAAGAAAAGCGACGAAAGGAAAAGCAAAGGGCGAACCUCAUGGCGGUUUCACCGGGUACGAAACCCCUCGCGAGAACUGACCCGAGAAGUCGAUUAAGUGAGCAAGCAAGGGAACGACGUGUGCCGAGUUCUAGACUUGGCCGACUCGCUUCUUACGGCAGUUUGGCAGCUGGACUCGGAGCCGGUGCUUUGGCAGAAGUAACUAGGCGGUCUCUGGGUCUCAGCAACACGGAUUCUGAUCGGAACAAGAGCAUGUUUGGAUCGUCUGCGUUUCUCACGGAGGCGAAUGCCGAGCGCAUUGUUGACACGCUGUGCAAAGUCCGAGGUGCUGCUCUAAAGAUCGGGCAAAUGCUGAGCAUCCAGGACCAGUCGAUGAUAAACCCUCAGUUGCUGAAAAUAUUCGAACGAGUUCGACAGUCUGCAGAUUUCAUGCCGCGCUCGCAAAUGGAGGCGAUGCUGGUGCAAGAAUUUGGCGAGAAUUGGCGCGAAAAGAUGCUCACGUUCGACGAAAAGCCGUUUGCAGCGGCGUCCAUUGGCCAAGUUCAUCUCGCCACUCUGCACGACGGCCGCAAGGUUGCCGUCAAGAUACAAUAUCCCGGGGUAGCUGAAGGAAUUGAGUCUGACAUCAGCAACCUAAUGAGUGUCCUCACUUUCAGCAACAUUUUUCCGAAAGGUCUGUACUUGGAGGAAUUCAUAAAAGUUGCCCGCAUUGAGCUGCAAUGGGAAGUAGACUACGAGCGAGAAUCAGAAUGUGCGAAGAAAUACCGUGAAUAUAUCCUGCCCUACGCUGACUACUACGUUCCUGAAGUGAUUGAUGAACUGAGCGGUCGGAGGAUAUUUUGCACGGAGUUAAUAGAAGGAAUCACGUUGGACAAGUGCGAGGAACUUGAUCAGGAGGCUCGCGACAGAAUAGGAUAUUUAAUACUGAGGCUGUUCAUCCUAGAAUUGUUCGGUUUCCAGUAUAUGCAAAGUGAUCCGAAUUGGGCCAACUUUUUAUACAACACGGAUACAAAGCAGCUUGGAUUGCUGGAUUUCGGUUCUUGUCGAGGAUUUAGUGACAAGUUUAUCGGACUGUACAUCCGGAUCAUCCGGUCAGCUGUGGACAAAAACCGAGAUAACGUGCUCAAAUACUCUCGAGACAUCGGAUUUCUUACUGGAUACGAGAAUAAGGUGAUGGAAACGGCUCACGUGGACUCGGUUAUGAUCCUCGGCGAAGCAUUUAAAGAAGGCGGUGGCGUCUACGACUUCGGAGAACAGAACAUUUCCGCAAGAAUCCAGCCGAUGAUGGGCGUGAUGCUCGAGCACCGACUUUGUGCGCCUCCCGAAGAAAUCUAUUCAGUGCACAGGAAGCUCUCAGGAAUUUUCCUCCUUUGCGCCAAACUCCGAUCGCGGAUAGACUGCACGGCCAUUUUUGAAGAGGCCUGGGAUGAUUAUUUAUCCCAAAAGCCGGAAUUGGACGAUUAUCUGCGUGGAUCGCUCGAUUGA